AUGGACUGGCAAUUGUCAGAUACUUCUCUUGCAGAGCCUUUCAGUGAACUCGACGCUAGUAUUGAAUCACUGCGCCCUUGGCUUGCAGAUCCUUUCCCAACACAAAGUCUGGUCGAUUUACCAUGUUAUAUCAACAGAUUUGCUCCCGAGCUACUCGCAUUGACAUUCCAACAUGUCUUGGGUCCGGUGGAGACGCAGGCGAGGGAAAUGUUUUUUUGGCCGUCUGCUGUCAUAACAAGCCAAAGAGAGCUCCGGAACCUCACCCAGGUCUGCCGUUAUUGGUAUCAAGUCUGCCAUGAUACACCCUUGCUUUGGAACACCAUUUACGAUACCCGCAAUGUCGAAUGCUCCAUGGCAUCUUUGUUGGCAGGCUACCCACAAGUACCGCUCAAUGUGUAUAUCGGUCGAUUCGUUCCCAGCGAAAGGAUGAUGGACUUAUUGCGAUCGGACAGCUGGCGCAUCCAGAAUCUUAACAUUUGCUUCCCAACCACUGACUCGGCCGCUGAUCAGAAUGCAGCACGGCGUAUGAUCCGGCGACUCCCUGAGGAGAUAAUGCAUGCUCUUACCCAACCGGGAUUCCCAAAGUUAAAAUGGCUAGAACUGCAGCACAUCGCGCACUGCACGAAUUUCGAAGCACCUGCACUCAAGCACUUGACCAUCUUCUCACCUCUCAUACGCGUCAAAUCCAAGUAUCCAUUAUUGUUCCGUGGCCAUGCUCCGCAGCUGCGGACGCUCACAUUGCGCGUUGCAACAUGGCUCCCGCUGAACAGAUUCCCCAGCCUCACGCAUCUGCACAUCUCUUGCACACCGAGGCGACUCUCCCCCGCCGAGGAAAACCGGGCAACCAAGUGGGAAGUCCCGGAACUUUUCUCUUUUAUGUCGCGCUGUCCGAACCUCGAGGACGUCGUUCUCUGGGGCAUACCCGAGUUUCACACGAUCCACGAGGAAGUCCCUGUGCUUCACAUGCGUCGUCUCAAGCGGCUAGUUUUGGGCGGCAUGACUGAGUUGCUGAUCGAAUGGAUAUUCCACCACAUCACGAUGCCUGCGACUUCCGCGGCGUGUCGUCUCGCCGGCGUUCUCUGCGCGCCCGAAGAGCUCGAAGCAGUAAUCGUAUACACUCCCCCGCUAGCUCUGCGGACGAUUCACAUCCAGAGGAAAUACAUGACCACAGCGAUCACCUUUUGCUUGGCAGACGAGUCCUCCGGGAUCCGCAUUGAAACGCGCCUUCCCCGUAUUUCGACGCAGAGGAGCGAGGAAUGGGGUUGGUCGAGUGCGAUAUGGGGGCUCUGUCGCCUGAGAGAAGUGCGGGAGCUGUACCUCGAGGGCUUGACCCCGCUGCUACUGAAGCACUUCACGAGCAUGCCCGCACUGAUGACGAUGCUCCCCGCGCUCACCACGCUCGUCUGCUCCGACGGUGUUCGGCCGGAGCUCCUGCUCCAGUACCUCGCGGCGCGUGAUGGCGCAAAUGACGGGCCAUGCUCCCCGAAUCUCAGAACGAUGCAUCUCUGCAUCCCGGACGACACGGAUAUGGAAUGCCUCAACCCCCUCGUCGCGUUCGCAGAGACGCGUUUGCGGAUGGGACACCCACUGCGGAGAGUGGUAAUAGAAGUCAGCCGGCCAACGAUGGAGGUGGAGUCAUGGAUUCCCCAGGAAGGGCGCAUAGACGAGGCGCUGAGCCCUUAUGUCGAAUCCGUCGAGCUGCGCAUGUACGAGGGGCGGAAUCCGCGACCGCGCUGGCCGAAUGUGUGCGCAGAGAUGCCGCAUGCGGAAUGGCCACCUUGGCCCUAG